CCUAAUCAUCGCAGGUCUUCAGGAGGAAAUGCUAGUGCGCCUUUCAAAAGUCCAAUAACUCUUUGCUUUGAUCGGAUGUUGGGCGCCGGUAAGAUAUCAUAUACAACGAUGUUCAAGUUUACGUUGGCGCUUCACUUCUUCACAAAUACUCAGUAAACUCACCUUGAUCGUUCUGUCGUAUCUUCGUUUUUUGUUACAGCCGCUCAGAUAGCCACUCCACUCCCUCCGGAGCGAAAAAAAGCUACCACACUUGGACCGGAACAAAAAGCAGCCACCCCGCUUCCUCCGGCGCAGAAAAGUAUGCGGGCUUCACAACUGCCUCUAAGAAGCUUGAAUCAAACUUAUGCUGUCACGCCUUUUAGCUAUCGCAAUGGUAAUGAUAACAGGMGCUUGAGCUAUCCUGCGCCGAGUGGUCCUACGCCGCCUCCUACAACAAUUGAACAAAACAAUAUUGACGAUCCGUUUGUACAGAUUUUGCGUGAUCAUGGACUGUACAAAAAGUUGAUUCUAUGUAUGGCACUCCAGCGCCAAUCCAAGGAAAGCCCUAAAGAAAUCUCAGAACCCCAAUCUCGGAUCAUCGGAGAAGGCUUUUUUUGGAAGGAUUAUCCACCCUGCGAGCAAAUUCUGUACGAUUCCAUGGGGCAUUACUACGAACUCUCGACGCAGCAACGCCAAUCAAAACAACAACAAGCUUUCAACAACCACCUCGUCAAGCGAGCAAGAGAAACUGCGCACCAGCAUGGAUAUCAGUUUGCAGAGUGCUUCAACGACAAAAAACUUCGUGACCGCAUCCGCUGUUUCUUCAAAACCCACCUUCAAAAUGCAAAGAAGCGUCUGGUUACAAUGCAAAAACAUUCUCAUUCGCCAGAGCAGAAAGCUGCACUUCGAGUGCUAAUUUCCAAAGCCAGAUCAAUGGAAGGCUUUUCAACACMAUCGAAUCCAAAGCUGAUGGCAAUGACAUCAUCGACCAAACCAAGAUUUGCUGUCGUUACUCAAGGGGGAACUGAGGCUAUUCGCAAGCGUCGUCAGUCGAGUUGAUUUGGUAAACUCCUUACUCGUCUCUAAUACGCAUCUGGCAACAACUAAAUACAGGGAUCGGGGAAAUACUGUAGCUUCGAGAAGAAUGUCUUCUCGACGGAAAUGCGGUAUCAUAGUAUAUUGUAUUAUUCAAUCCUGGAAGCUCCGAACCUCGCUUUCUAUGGAUACCCCUUCCAAAACACAUUUACAUUUUUACUUGCUCCGAGUGAUACCUUACAAUGUGUUAAAUAUAAUAUAUCUGUUAUG